UGAUGACUGUGCACUUGAUUUUAAAAGUAUUAAUACCAAAAACAGAUCACCCCUAUCAAAUAUUGACCAUGGAAAACAAAGAAAUUCUAAAAGUAUGUCACCUAACAAAGUUAUUUCAAAUGCAAAAAAUUAUGAAGCAAAUAAAAGGAUUAAAGUUUUAAGGACACCUGAAAAAAGUCCAAAUGCCCCAUUAAUUAAAAGUCCAAAAAAUAGUGUAGGAUCACCAAGCUUGAGAGAAUUCCCAUUGCGAUUAAAUGAGAGUUCACCAUCAAAAUGUGGUUCCACUGUGAGAGUGUUGGAGUUUGAACAAAUUGACGGAAAUGUUGAUGAUCUGUUUGGUGAAGAAUGGGCGAUUGGUGAAGUUGAUGAGGAUUGUAAAGAAGAUUUGGAUUUAAGUAGUAUGCAGCGCUGUGAAAUUUUAUCAAUAACAUCCCAUCCCAUGAAGUUAGAACUAAGAUUGAAAAAUGAUUUAGAUAAAAGAUGUACUUGUUUUGUGGAAGGAGUAUGGAUCAAUAUACCUCUAAAACCUGGUGAAAUAGUGAGCCUAUUAGCCUGUAAGAAUGAAAUGGGCCAAUUUACUAUAAACAACACAUAUGGAUUACUAUCCCUAAGACCAGACCAUCUGAUAUCAACAACAAGUGUAGUUGCAGGAGUGUUUUGUAAACGUAAAGCUAUACUUCAGGAACGCUGGAAAGGCAUUGACUCUGCUAAUACUGCUAUGACAAUAGGAAUCCUAAUACAUGAGUUAGUGCAAAAAGCAUUAACAAAACGUAUAACAAAUGUGGCGGAGUUACGAGCUAUUUGUGACGAAUUAAUAAAGGAGUCUAUACACAGGCUCUAUGAUGCGGGUAUAUGUGAAAAAGAAGCGCGCAAUAACAUGGACAUGUAUAUUACACCUUUAGCUGAUUUCAUGCAGUUGUAUUUGGGAAACAAUCAAUUGCAGGAAAACAAGAAAGCCAAAUGGAAUGGGCAUAUAGAUGAGGUUCUGGAUAUAGAAGAAAAUGUCUGCUGCCCAAAGUUGGGACUAAAAGGAAAAAUAGAUGCUACUCUCCAAGUGACUAUUCACCAGAGAAGUGGGAAGAAACGUGAAAUAAUGCCGUUGGAAUUAAAAAGUGGUAGAGCGUCAGGUUCCGCCGAGCACAGAGGACAACUUGUGUUGUAUGGCAUGAUGUUGAGUUUGCAGCGGAAAGAGGAUCCUAUUGUCACUUUGCAGCGAGGGCUUUUAUUGUAUUUAAAAGAACAAGUGGACGUAAGAGAAGUAAGUUGUGGGUAUCCAGAGAGACGCGAUCUUAUAAUGUUGCGAAAUGAGCUUGUACAGCAUCUAGCGGCUGGACCGAACGAUAUGAAAACAGAAGAAUUGUUAGAUAUAGAAGACGCAUCCCAGGUUCUGCAACAAUCACUGCCGGAUCCUGUUCAUCACGAAGGUGCAUGCACGAAAUGCCCUUAUUUGACCCUCUGUUCCAUACAUUUGUGGCAUACAAACGACGUGAAAGUCUCAGACUCGCAUCCAUUGACCAAACUAAGGAAUCUUGCUCUCGGGCAUUUAGAAUCGACACAUGUCACUUACUUCCUGCAUUGGACCAGUUUGUUAAAGCUUGAAGAAAAGGCACAAAUGUCCAAUUCUCCUUUACACGCUUUGUGGACGGAUAGUGCUGAGAAACGAGCCAAGCGGGGUACGUGCGCAGCGAAUUUGACGUUGAAAUCAGUGAAAUUAUUGGAGGACAGAUAUGAACACGUUUUUGAACGAAGGAAAGGUGACGAAUUGCCAAGUACAAAAGCAAGUGAUGGACCAAAAGAAGGAGAAUUUUCCAUAGUUAGUGUUGAGGACAGACCUUGGAUUGCCGCUGGAGUCAUUACUGUGGCUAAUCAGAAUGAAAUACAUAUACAUCUAGAGAGGAACCUCGGUUUGCGCCUCAGUAAAACCACAAAGUUUCAUAUAGACACAUAUGAAUCAUACGCUACAACAGUACAGAAUCUAACUAAUUUAGGGGUUCUCAUGGAAGAUAGCGACAGAGCGUUGAGAUUAAGGAAGCUUAUAAUCGACAAAGAGUCGCCAGUUUUUACACAAAAAUUACCCAGAGAAGUUGGGAGGCUUGGGUCCAAAUUAAUGCGUAGUUUGAACAUUGAACAACAGCGCGCUGUGUUGAAGGCCCUCGCUGCUAACGACUAUGCUUUGCUCCAGGGUUUGCCUGGCACUGGUAAAACUCAAACAAUAAGUGUCCUCAUACAAAUGUUGGUGGCGCUCAAACAACGUGUGUUGGUCACUGCGCACACUCAUUCCGCUGUUGAUACGGUUUUGACAAGGUUACCAGAUUCUCUACGCGUGAUGCGGUUAGGUUCCGCAUCACGUGUCUCACACAAACUUCUAGAAAAAACCGAAGCCAAACUAACAAAAACCUGCACGACUGCCGAAGAACUAGCAAACAUUUAUGAUUCCAUGGAAGUGGUAGGAGUGACAUGUUUGGGCGCGAACCACGCAUUACUUUCCAAAACCACGUUCGAUGUGUGUAUCGUUGAUGAAGCUACUCAGGUGCUACAAUGCACAGUUCUGCGGCCACUGUUUGCCGCUAAGCGUUUUGUGCUGGUCGGCGAUCCGGAACAAUUGCCGCCCGUUGUUAAAAGUAAAGCAGCCAGGCGCCUAGGCAUGGAAGAGAGUCUGUUCCAUAGACUGAUGAGCGAAGACUCAACGAGUACACUCCGGUUACAAUACCGUAUGAAUCAAGCCCUCGUGGACAUUGCCAAUAAAGUGGCGUAUAACCAGAGACUUAAGUGUGCCAACCAGAAUGUUGCGGAAUCUAAAAUGAGUAUUGAUGAGAAGAAAAUAUCAAGUAGUAUGCCCUGGAUUCAGAUUGCUUGUAGUACAGAAAAUGAUGACGCAGCAAUAUUUUUCAACAUGGAAGCGACAAAAAUAAAACAGGUUCAUAAAGCGCUUACAAAUAUUGACGAGGCUUGUGUUGUCUAUGCUUUAGUUGACGCUCUUAUUGAGGGUGGUGUAAAAAACUCUGAUAUUGGUAUAAUUGCUCCGUAUAGAGACCAAGUAUCCCUAUUACAUAGAAGCCUAGCGUCACACAAGAUAGAAGUCAGUACCGUCGACCAGUUUCAAGGGAGAGACAAGUCGGUUAUAAUCUAUUCGUGCACAAGACGGGAGUUGCGAGAUGAUAACGUAAAGGAUGGGGAGGUUCUGAACGACCAACGUCGUUUGGCCGUAAGUGUGACUCGAGCGAAACACAAAUUUAUAGCAAUUGGCAAUGAGCGUGUUCUAAGAAGAUAUAAACCCCUUUCACAAUUAAUAGAUGCGUGUAAAGUUAUUCAAUUGGAACCUACUGUUGUUGAUAAUUUGAUAAGUAAAUUUAUAGACUGUGUGAAGUAAAUAAUCAUGUCAUAUUUUUAAUAAUACUUAAGUAUAAAUGAAUAAGAGAUUG